AUGUUGAUCAGCAAGACGUCGACGACGAUGCUCCGGAGCGGCGGGGCUAGGAGCGCUUUCUACGCCGUGAGCGCAAGUACAGUGCCAAAGGCUGUGAGAUUGACACCAGCCGUACAUUCAACUCCAUGGGCGAGCGGCGGAGUGCACAGCAUCCAGACCACCUCGUUCCGGUCUAGACCUAUUACUCCGCCGCCGCCGCCUCCGGCCAACACAGCGUCAUCAUCAUCAGCAUCAACACCGUCAGCAGCGCAACACACGGCAUCAACACGCAGCAAUGUCUCGGCGCGCCCCACACAAGUGCGCUCCAGACCCUUACCCGCAGUCCCGAACACGCUUCCUCUACUCGCGUCCUUUGUUGUUGCCGCGCUGGCCUCGUGGGCCGGCUUCACCGUCUACGCGACCAACAAGGAAAAGCUCUCGUCCAGCAUCUUCAAAUCGGUCGUAUCGCAGGUCAAGAACUCUGCCGAAGUAGCGUCGCUCCUCUCGCGUACCUCGGGCUCCUCUGCCUCUGCUGACGAGGCAGGGGAGGUGACGGUGGUGCUGAAACGAGAAACGCUGCUGGGGGGCGUACCCAAGGUGAAUGGUGCAGUCAACAUGAUGCAAGGCCGCGUCGACCUGUCGUUCAAGAUCCACCCUGUGCACAACGAGUCCCGCACCGCGACCGUGUACUUCACCAGCAUCCGAGCACACAAGCACGCGCCCUUCGAGAUCCUACGCUUCGUCGUGGUUGACGACACUACAGGCCAGAGCGUCAGCCUACUCGACCGCAUGGGCCUCACCAGCAUCGACGUCGAGAGCGGCGAUAUCGUGUAA